UUUUGACUUUUUAGAUCAUUCUUUAUAUAUAUACACGAGGAACUUUACAUUCAACCUGUAGAGAUUAGAGAGAAGAAGAGAGAUAGAGUGAGAGACAUAGAACUCAAUUAUGGAGAGCAAACAACAAUCAGAAACAGCAGGAAAGCCCAUAAGAUGCAAAGCUGCAGUAUGUAGAAAGGCAGGAGAGGCACUAGUAAUAGAAGAGAUAGAAGUAGAUCCUCCUAAAGCUUUCGAGGUUCGGAUUAAAAUACUCUGCACUUCCCUUUGUCACACUGAUGUUACCUUCUGGAAAUUAAAUGUUGGGCCAGUUGCAGUUUUUCCGAGGAUUUUUGGGCAUGAAGCAGUUGGUGUUGUUGAGAGUGUGGGAGAGAAUGUGGAGGAAGUGCAAGAAGGAGACAGAGUGUUGCCAGUGUUUAACGCUGAUUGUGGAGAAUGUAGGGAUUGCAAGUCUUCCAAGAGCAAUUCUUGUUCCUCUUUUCCCAUCACUCAUUUGAAUGGGGUGCCCAGAGAUGGAACCAGCAGAUUCAGGGACUCGAAUGGCGAUGUUUUGCAUCACUUCUUGUUUGUUUCGAGCUUCACUGAGUACACUGUUGUUGAUAUCGCCAACAUCGUCAAGAUCAAUAGUCUCAUUCCUGUCGACAAGGCCUGUUUGCUUAGUUGCGGCGUAAGCACUGGAGUUGGUGCAACAUUCAAGGUUGCAGCUGUAGAAGAAGGGUCCACGGUAGCAAUCUUUGGGCUUGGAGCUGUUGGACUUGCGGUUGCGGAAGGAGCCAGGCUACGUGGAGCUUCAAAAAUCAUAGGAGUCGAUUUGAAUCCUGAAAAAUUUGAAGUUGGAAAAAAAUUUGGGAUUACAAACUUUAUUAAUCCUACAAAUUGCUCAGAAAAAUCGGUUAGCGAGGUGAUAAAAGAAAUGACAGAUGGGGGAGCUGACUAUUGCUUCGAGUGCAUUGGAUUGGUAUCCUUGAUGCAAGAGGCUAUAUUUAGCUCUCGACCGGGAUGGGGAAGAACAGUGAUACUGGGGGUGGAGAUGCACGGCACACCGUUAAGCAUUAGCACUUUGGAGAUUAUGAGAGGGAGAACUGUUGGAGGGUCCGUUUUUGGAGGAAUGAAAGCUAAAUCUGACAUUCCUUUCCUUGUCAAAAAAUAUUUAGACCAAGAGCUUAAUUUGGAUGGCUUCAUAUCACAUGAAUCUGAAGUCAGCUUCCAGGAAAUUAACAAAGCUUUUGACUUACUUCUACAAGGGAAAAGCGUCCGAUGCAUCAUAUGGAUGGAUAAAUAGAUGGGUGUUGCUUUUAAUUUUCAUUUUUACAUUUGUUGUUAUAUUAAUAAUGCAAUUUCUGUAUAAUUUUCGAAUUUUAGCUACGUCAUUAUUGUUGAUUGGUCAUCGAUGAACACAAUAAACAAACACUUACUGCA